AUGUCUGAAAAGCACGUCGCUUCAGCGGCUCCUGGCGUUGAGCGGCCCAGUACGCAAUCCGAGAACACUUACACCGGCACGGUCGACAACAAGAACAACAACCUCACGACCCAGAUUUCGAGGACGCACGCGACCAAAUCUGGCAGUGGUGCAGCCGCCGUCAACAUUGUCGAGAACCCCCUCAGACGCGACUCAAAACAAACGGUUAUUGCUAAUGCCGAGAAAUUUGCCCACGCGAACGGUCUCGGAGACUAUGCCGGACUCUUUGGUCGAGCUGCACUGGUUGCUCGAGACUCGGAGAACUUCCGAAGUGUCUCCCAACUUCAAGCCGACGAGUUGGAAGCCUUGACUUACGAGUACGAACACAAGUGGCACGGCCCUUGGACCCUCUGGUACGCCAUCUCGCUCUGUGCCGUCGGUGCCGCCACCCAAGGUUGGGAUCAGACUGGUUCAAACGGUGCUGCACUCACCUUCCGAAAGGAGUUUGGUAUUGAUGGCACAACCGGUCGUGACGAAUGGAUCUUUGGCUUGGUGAACUCGAUCAUCUUCUUGACCGCAGGCGCCAUUGGCGCUUGGAUCGUCGACCCUCUGAACCACUACUUCGGACGACGAGGUGAAAUCUUCAUCACUGGUGCCUGUCUCACGGCCACGCCCAUCGGAUCCGCGUUCACUCACUCUUGGCAAGCUCUAUUUGCGGCUCGAUUCGUGCUUGGUAUUGGUAUCGGUGCCAAGAAUGCUACUGUUCCCAUCUUCUCCUCUGAAUUGGCCCCAGCUCGAAUCCGAGGAGCUCUGGUCAUGUUCUGGCAGCUCUGGGUCACCUUCGGUAUCUUCCUCGGUUUCUGCUCCAACUGUAUCUUCAAGGAUGUCGGCAAGAACGCUUGGCGUUAUCAACUAGGUUCCGCUUUCCUUCCCUCCUUCAUUCUUAUGCUUGGAAUCUACUUCUGUCCCGAAUCUCCUCGAUGGCUCAUGAAGAAGGGAAGAAACGCCGACGCCUUCAGAUCGUUCUUGCGACUACGUGCCCACCCCAUUAUCUCCGCGAGAGAUUUCUACUAUUCCUACGUAAUUUACGAGGAAGAGCAACGCGAAGCUCAGGGCGCAAACUACUUCUCUCGACUCGCCGACUGCUUCACUGUCCCACGAAUCCGUAGGGCCAACUACGGCGCUAGUACGGUCAUGUUGGCGCAGCAAAUGUGCGGAAUCAACAUCAUCUCAUUCUAUUCGUCAACCAUCUUCUCCGAGGCCGGUUACACUGAUACGAAUGCCCUGUACGCUUCUCUUGGAUACGGUGCUCUUCAAUUUGUGUUCACUAUUCCCACCGUCUUCUGGAUUGACACCCAGGGUCGUCGAAAGCUCUGUUUGAUCACAUUCCCUCUCAUGUGCGUCUUCCUUCUCGCCGCCGGUCUGUCGACUCUCAAGCAGGACGGAAGCAAGGGUGCGCGUCUUGGUCCUGUCGUACUUUUCGUCUACCUUUUCACUAUCUGUUACUGUUGGGGAGAAGGUCCCGUGGCUUUCCAGUACUCAGCUGAAGUGUUCCCGACGAUCCAACGAGAGCAGGGUAUGGCUUGGGCUGUCGCAAUCAACAACAUUUUCGCUGGUGUCUUGAGUUUGACGUUCCCGCGAAUGAAGACUGUCAUGACGACGCCCGGUGCCUUCGGUUUCUACGCGGGUCUGAAUUUGAUCGCGUGGAUUAUGAUAUUCUGUUUCGUGCGAGAGACGAAACAGCUCACACUCGAAGAAUUGGACCAGGUCUUCUCGGUUCCAACCUCAGAGUUCAUCUCCUACGAGACCAAAGUCUGGCUUCCUUGGUUCGUCAAAAGGUACAUUCUCUUCCAGAGGAACAUUCCCAGACCCCUUCCUAUCAUCGAGCGAAGCAAAUGGACUGGCGACACCGACUCAGAGGACGGUCUUCCUAUUGCCGACGACAAGGGUCGAAGCACUGUUGGUCGUCGUGAGGAUGUGAACCAGGCCUGA